UGGGGGUGAGAGUGCACAGGAAGAGGGACCAACCAGUGCCAAGGGCUGGAGAAGGGAGCCUGUUUGCAGGGAGGCUGGAUGUGAGGCCCGAGGAGAAUGGGUGGCACCGACAGGGCUCGUAGAGCCUAGAACGGAUUUUGGUUCUGACUCUGAGCAGGAUGGGGCCAUUGCAGAUAGAUGCAGGACUCUUUAUCUAAUCAAAACCCCGUCUUUCCCCUGGGAGGGAGGAGGUGGAGAGAGGCUGUGUUCUGAAUCACAUGUGCAGUCAUAAACAACUCUGGAGAGAGCCCCUGGCUUCCGGCACGGAGCCAUCAGUUUCUGCACGAGCCCAGACAAUGCCUGUGGAGGAGUUUGUGGCUGGCUGGAUCUCUGGAGCUCUGGGCUUGGUCCUAGGACAUCCCUUUGACACUGUAAAGGUGCGGCUACAGACCCAGACCACGUACCAGGGCAUAGUUGAUUGCAUGGUCAAGAUUUACCGCCAUGAAUCGCUCCUGGGCUUCUUCAAGGGCAUGAGCUUCCCCAUCAUGAGCAUAGCUGUGGUCAGCUCCGUCCAGUUUGGGGUCUAUAGCAAUGCCCUGCUGGUGCUCACAGCGACCUCUCACCAGGAGCGGUGGGCUCAGCCCCCCAGCUACACACAUGUCUUCAUUGCCGGCUGCGCCGGGGGGUUCCUGCAGACCUACUGCCUGGCCCCAUUUGACCUCAUCAAAGUCCGGCUACAAAACCAGACAGAGCCAAGGGCCCAGUCCGGGAGUUCCCGAGCCCGGUACCGGGGGCCCGUGCACUGUGCGGCCUCCAUCUUCCAGGAGGAGGGGCCCCGGGGGCUGUUCCGAGGAGCCUGGGCCCUGAUGCUGAGGGACACCCCCACAAUGGGAAUCUACUUUGUCACCUAUGAAGGGCUGUGCCGCCAGUACACGCCAGAUGGCCAGAAUCCCAGCUCAGCCACAGUGCUGGUGGCAGGGGGGUUUGCCGGCAUCACCUCCUGGGUCGCAGCCACACCCUUAGACGUGAUCAAGUCCCGGAUGCAGAUGGACGGGCUGAGGCGGAGAGUGUACCAGGGGGUUCUGGACUGCAUGGCCAGCAGUGUCCGGCAGGAGGGACUGGGGGUCUUCUUCCGGGGGGUUACCAUCAACAGUGCCCGUGCCUUCCCUGUCAAUGCUGUCACCUUCCUCAGCUACGAGUAUCUCCUCCGCUGGUGGGGAUGAGCCCGGCCUGGCAGGGCCAGCAGCUCCCCAGCAGAACCAAGUUAAAAGCAGCCAGCUUGCAAUUCAAAUACAAGAGGCUCAGCACCUCCCAAGUGCCCAGACCAGGGCUGAGGAGAUGACAGCGACAGCGGGGAGCAGGAAGCCCGAGGUCCCGGCUCAGCCUCCCAGCAGAGCCCGCCUGACUCCUCUUUUUCCCAAGUCUGUGUGCAGGGAGCACAAGGCACAAGGGGACUGGCCGGAGGCGUGGUGGCAUUCCAGCCCCUCCCCCCCGAGAUGCCACCUCUUAAAGGCUCUCAGAGGCUCUGCUGGCUGCGUUGGUGCUACCCUCCCCCUGGAUUCCACACCCGCUGCCUCCCACCUUCCCACCUUCCAAACCUCUCCCACUCCCGAGACCAUUAUGUCAACUCCCUGUCCAGAAUCCUCCAGUGGCUCCCACCACCUUCAGGAAAAAGGCCAAACCCCUCCCCAGUCUGGGCACUCCCUGCCCAUUGGGCUUUCCUCCCUUGGUGGUUUCUUGGACCCUGAAUGGGCUGUGCUUUCUCGUCGCCCUGGCCUGGAAGGCUUGUUUCCUCCCGGCCGGUGGUGGCAGAGCUGGCAGGGUGAGUCCAUCCGCCUCCUGGCAGACCCUGCUCUGCUCCAAGACCCAGGCUGAGCACUAUCUGCUGAAGAGUCCCCUGCCCGCCACCCCCACCCCGGGCUGACUUUGGGGUUCCCGGACACCCCGCCCUGCCCUUGACUGCACGUCUUCACAGUUGUUGAUUUGCUUCUUGGCAUCCCCAUUGGGCCGCGAGCUCCUUGAGGUCACGGGUCUUACUUCUGUUUCCCAGCACAAACCAGAUGCUUGAACAGAUGUGUUCAAUAAAUGUCCAUUA